AUGCUCGAACGUGCAACAGGGUGCCUCGAGAACGCGGGACGGCGUUUUCUUCAAGAUUCCAAUGGUGUUAUCCGAAAAAGAAACUGCCUGCCUGGUCAUUUCUGGAAGCAAAAUGGCGCUGGAGCGGAUGCUCCUCAGUGGUUUAUCGCGCUUUUGCAGGCGUCAGGCCAACGACCGUCCCCCGUUCUUGACAGUCAACACGAAACCAGAGAGUCAAGUGAUUGGAUAGGGCCAUCGCUCGAAUUCUUAUAUCCUGGGCAUGCUCAAACUUUGGUAGCUUCGCGUCUGCCUCGCUCCCAGAAUAGGACUGGAUUUCGGAGGAGACCAAACCUGGGCUUUUCAAGAUCUUAUGCUUCUAUUUCAAGUCCUCAAAAAGCUACCGCAAAGACUUCAUUCGCCCACAAAGAUGCAUCCAUGCGGGCACAAGGGCCUCAGCAUCCAGAAUCUCUCGAUAAGGACGGGUCAGCGAGCGCAGCCCUCCAGGCUUUCCUUCGGAAAAACGGCAGCGAUUUUGAUAAAGCUUGGGUGAUGUUCGUCGCAGCCGGACGGCCGUCAGAACUCAGGUCUGCACUCUGUGCUUAUAUGAGUAGAUCAUCCGGAGAGUGGCAGCGAGCACUAGUAUGGUUAAUGUUCAUAAAAAUCCCACCCAAAGAUCUCACCGAGUCAGACUUCAAGAACAUUAUAAGAUCACGGGUUCUUUCGUUGCCGGAUCGAAAACCGACCUAUUUGAGCAGUAUCUGCCGGCGAGCCAUUUCCACGCCAUUUGCCCAAGAGAUCGUCUCGCUGUGUCUGAUGCACAUGGUGAAAAACAGACAGUGGAACGCACUUGCCGCAUUCUGGGGAACCCUAUUGAGUAUUCCUGAAAACAAGCGACCGCCAUUGGAAUCUUUGCUAUGUCGGAUUGAUCGCUUUCACUUUCCUAGCUAUUCCCUUGCCAGGCAUCUCCUUGAUUUAAAAACGCACAUGUCAAGCGCUCACCAGUAUCUUACUGAUGGGGGCAAAGACUUUGCUUGCCGUAUAUUUCAACAAUUUUUCAAGUCUGAUGACAUGGUCAAGCUCACACCGAUACCAACCGUGCUUUCACUGUUGCGCAAUUGCCGUCCUUUUGGUUUUGUAGCCAAGGGGCACUAUUUGCGUGCGAUAAAGUUCUACCUCAAAUCAGAGGAGAGGUCGGAAUUUGUCAAGUGCAUCCUUUUUUACCGCCAAUUGCGCGAAGAAUUUCCGGAAACAAGGCCAUACUUGCAGCUGCGUCGUUCCAUCAUUGAACGCUUGUUGGAAUUCAAGAUGACCGACAGCUUGCCAUACUUCUUGGAGGAAGAGGCGCACUUUAAUCAGCAUAAGCAAAUAAGCAUGCGCUCAUACAGUGACGCAAUGGUUGCUUUUUCCCAAAUGGGGGAUGUACGAAAUGUCCAAUACUUUUUCGACAGGUACCUUGCAGAUCACGGCAACCCGAGGUCCCAAAGGUUGGUGACUCCCCUUCUUGUCGUCCAUGCGCGGCUAGGUGAUGUGCGCGAGACACGGCGACAAUUCGAUCGAAUUCCUACAGAAUUUGGUCUUCCGCUGAACACAGUUUGCUGGAAUAUACUGCUUCUGGCGCACACUACUGCCAGGGAUCUACCAGGUGCUAUUUCUGCCUUCUCGGAAAUGCGAGGAAAUCAUGUGCCUCCCGACUCGUUCACAUUUGGCACACUGAUGGGGAUUUUCGCCCAACGAGGGGACAUCGAAGCCAUCCGUCAAUUACUCAAAGAGGCGCAGAAGAGUCGCGUACGAAUCACGAGGCCAAUGCUUGAUACGGCUGUUCAGGCGUACUGCAAGAAUGGGCAAUUGGGUCAUGCAGAAGAGCUUGUCGCAAGCAGCUGGAAUUUAGCGUUUUCCUUCCGGCGUGUCCUUGACCGCAUGGAUCGGCUAGGCUUGAAACCGGAUGCCAUGACUUACGCGGCUAUUAUGCUUGCUUAUGUCUACGCUAAUCAAGUGGAUCGUGCGCAAAAAACUCUCAAGGAGAUGCAUGAACGUGACUUGGAAGCCACCGAGCACCAUUUUUCCAUUCUCUUGCUUGGAUAUGUGAAGCAACGGAACCGCGAUAUGGUACAUGUUGUCUCCCGCGAAAUGCAAACUCGCUUCGGUCGAGUUGGGAUGGAGCCGAGCCUGUUGAACCUGCGAAUGCAGAUUGAGAGAGACGUGGAAAACGCAAAAGAUCUUCAGACUCCUGUUGAAGAUAUUGUCCUCGAGAACGCAGAAAGGACACUUGUUAAAUCAAUCGCACAAUUCGAUGGAAAUCCCUCGCCAGUCAACAGUCCAUUAUCUACACCGCUAGAGGGCUUUGCUGUUCAGUCUUUCAAUGACACGCACUAUCAACGGCUGAUCGAAGCAUACGGACUCCAAGGUGGCGCUGAAAAGGCACUCGAAACCUUCAACCAUUACAUGCAAUCCAGACGAACUACGGGAUCAUUGGACGGCGAUGGAUUGGACUCCUUGCCGAUUGGUUUCAUAAAAGCCGUUAUGAAUGCCUAUCUAGGAACCCAGAACUACGAGAAAGUGGAAGAGUGCUGGAACAGUAUUAUGGCAAGUGUAAACAAGACAGCGGGUACCUUUGACCUUGACAAAAUCUUGUCUUCACAGUCGCCGAUAUCAACCCUGCCAGCACCAGCCGAGUCCCCUCUCCCGUCGAUGCUUUCAACACCCACCACUCAAGCAGAUAAGCCCAAAAUCCUUCCUGCCCAACGCUUCAUCCUGGACUUCCCACUCUCGAUUUAUCUGGAGUCGUUGGCCCGCCGAGGCAUGUUUGAGAGAAUACAUCAAGUUGUGGCCGAAGUUCAGACGGCAGGCUUUGCAUUGACUGGUUUCAACUGGUCAACCUACGUUCGAAUGCUUGCGACAUCUGAUAAUUAUCCCGACAAUGUGGAGGCAUUUCGACUCUUUGAGGAAAAGUUCAUUGCUCGUUUCCCUGGUUGGUCGUGGUUUCUCAAGGGAUAUGGCGUGAGACCACUCAAUGCCCCUGUGACAAUCCUCCAUCUCGAAGGUCGUUCAGGUAUCACCAAAUCUCGGAGAAUGAUGGGAAAGUUGGCCCGAAAACAUUGGCGCAAAAUCGAGCCCGAUUACAUGCACCCCCAUUACCCCACCAUGGUUCAACUCGCCAGCACACUACAACGGCUCCGGCAAACAAGUAUCACGGAGGGGAAUAAGCAUCUGGCGAAUCUCCACAAAAUUGCGCCACGGACUGUCAAUACCCUCGCCGCCAUGCCAUACGUGCCUGAUAAAUAUCAGGAUACAAUCCUUCGCGGCAAGGCAGCAAGGGGCGGGAUGCGCCCACGCCAGGUCCACCUCUUCUCCUCGCGCACUGGUGCUCUUGGCCCUAGUGGCGACAUGCGUGAACGGAGCUUUGAGGCAGCGACUGAGGAGCCUCUCGUAUUGAGCGGAAACCAAUUCCCUGUGCCUUCUGCUGAUGAGUUGAAUUAUACUGUCAUACCCCGCAGUAAAGAAAAUAAAUUCUUGGACUCUUUGGCAAGCAUCCUUCCUCGCGAGGACCGAGUUGACCUACAGACCUCGUUUGAAGAACAAUAUGAUGUGACAACACGUUGGAGGCCCCAGGUCAGCCGUUACAAUGCGGGCAUCCGUGAGGCGCUCCGUUCCAAUGAUAUCCCGCGCGCUGAGACCUACAAGCGACGUUUGAAGAGGUUGCAACAUCCCGACAUCAGGAGGCAGACCCCCGAGCGGCAACUGUUCGAUAAGGAUAAUCGCAAGUGGAAGCUGGAUACUCCAUCCCACCUUAAGUUCAAGGUUGAUUCUGGGCUGCAUGUGAAACCCGGGCGGUCACACGCCCAACGAGACGCCGUGCGACGAAAGUAUAGGGGACCCUGGACGGCACCCAGAGAAGAACCGAGUGGCGACCGUUGA